AUGACCAGCAACCAAGCAUACCAACUUACGGAGUUAAGGAUCGUUCAGCACAAUCUGAACGGUCAACACAUCGUGGUAGAACAACUGAGGGACUACUGUAUAGACAACAGGGUUGAUAUAGCCUUAAUACAGGAGUUCCCAUCAAAGAACAAGACUAUCAAAGGACUAGACCAUGACCCCAUUAGAUGCAUUGUUGGUGGUACGGGACAAAAACCUGGUGCCGCCAUCAUUGUGUUCAAUGCGGGACUGGAGGUCACAGUUUUAAGAAAUCUGUCCAGUGAUUACUUUACGGUAAUAACCGUAAGCAUUGGAAGAGAAAUAAUCAACUUCGUUUCAUCAUACUUCAAAUUCAACAUAUCAACGGUUGAGUUUGUGAUGAAACUGGACGCGAUACUUAACGAACUCAAAGGUGAAACCGUCAUCUGUGCCGAUGUUAAUGCACACUCUCCACUAUGGAUGUGUGACGCAUCUAACAACACGGCCAGAGUCAAGGGGCGAAAAAUCGAGGAUCUCAUUGAGAGACAUCACCUAACGGUCCACAAUAACAACAGAAGAACUUAUACAUACAACCGGGUUGGCAUGGGGAAAUCAAACGUUGAUGUAACCAUGACAACGGCGCGCUUAGCAGCAAGGAUUACAAGAUGGAAAGUCACCAAAGGUAUAACGGACAGUGAUCACAGGGUCAUAACCUUCGGUCUUAGGCACUCUAAGACGGUAAGGGGUGGUCCGGACACUACCCGUUUCAAUACCGAUAAAGCCGACUGGGACGAGUUUAACGUCAACCUCGCUCGCGAGCUAGGUCAAGCAACCGACCUCAUGAGAGGGGAUGUAGACGUGAGAGCAGCGGCUUUAACGGCUGCGAUCAGGAGUGCGGCGGAAUCCAGUAUCCCCCGCAAACGGGGACCUGGGAGGCUGCCACCACCCUGGUGGAACGAUGACUUAACGAAGAGCCGUAAAUCACUGAACAACUUUCGUAAUACCAAGGAUUACAAAGUCACAGAUAGGCAAGAAUACCAGCGUCUACGGAAUAAACACCUGGGACUUAUUAGACAUAGUAAGUUUCAGAUGUGGAAAUCCUUUGCUGAAAGCGCCAACGACAAAGUAUGGGGAAACCUAUACAAAUGGGUAAAAAAGGGCCCGAGAACGAACAAAGUUCUCACAGCACUGAAGAAAGACGACGACACAUACACGACAAGUUAUUUAGAGACGGCAGAAUACCUGCUGUCUUCUCUCAUCCCGACUGACAAGGACGCGGUACCACUCGGCAGGGAUGAAAUAGCAGUCAGCACUGAUACCACCGUAGAACUACAGGAUGUCAAGGACGCGAUAUGGAGGAUAGGGGUCAAAAAGUCCCCGGGCAUCGAUGGGAUCACCUCAUUGAUACUCAGGAGGGCCUGGCCCUUAAUCCAAACGCCUCUGAGGAAACUAUACAAGGAUUGUCUAGAAUCGGCUACCUUCCCGGACUGCUGGAAGACGGCGGUAAUUGUCGCGAUUCCCAAGGGAGGAGACAAAGAUUUGUCCCUCCCUAAAUCGUACAGACCCGUUAGUCUUCUACCGACUCUGGGGAAGGCGCUCGAGACGCUCAUCAUAGCCAGACUUCGUGCGGAAGUAUUGGUCAACCUCUCGGAAGACCAACACGGAUUCAUGACUGGCAAGUCAACAAUCAGUGCCAUCGACUCGCUUCUAAGCUGGGCAGAUGGCAGAAAAGAGAAAUUCGUUAUCGGUGUCUUCCUGGACAUAACAGGAGCAUUCGAUAAUCUAAACUGGGAAGUACUCUUUCAAGACGUCAAAGACCUUGGCGCGAGCCAACACACGCUGUCUAUUAUCAGGGAUUACCUGAGAAAUAGACACGCUGAACUAAGCAUCGGCACAGCCACCGCGAAGUGCAACCUCACCAGAGGUUGCCCUCAAGGAUCACAACUCGGCCCUAUUCUGUGGAACCUAUCUAUGGACAGGGCGCUCAAGCUACACAGGCACGAUAGAUCCAAAAUCGUAGCCUACGCCGACGACUUGGCCGUGGUCACGGCCGGAACCAACAUCAACAUUGUACGUGAUCGACUCUCACCAAUGCUGGAUAGGUUAGUGAACUGGGCCUCUGAAAGGGGACUCAGCUUCUCACCUAUGAAAACAAAUGUUAUGACUCUCAAGGGGGGACUUAAGCCCGGUUAUUCUAUUAAUUUCGGUAACUUGGCCGUCAUAUCUUGUAGUCAUCCGUUGGUGUAUCACGCGCGAAAGUUCGACGACUUUUGCGAAAGUUACGGCCGUUAAAAGUGCGAUAUAGGUGCGAUAUUUGCGCGGGUAGGUAUUUCGCGACCGUUUCGGUCACGGAAAAAUCGUUUUUCUCGAUAACUCCGGAUUGGUUGCGAAUUUCGGGACGAUCGAUACAUUCACGGAUUCGUGUUGUGAACGCGCUUCUGUUCGCUUUUCCGGCCGAGUUAGCGAUUUUCCGGUUUUUCCGGUUUUUUACCCCAAGCUAGUGCCAGAUUUUUUCGUGCGUUGGCUUAAAACGUUCCCCUCGACGAAACGAAUUUUUCGGUGAGCCGUUGGGAAAAAUCGGGUGAGAUUUUUCGCAAGGUUCAGAUUUUCCGCGCGAUAAUUACUGCGUCACCGCGGCGCGGUAAUCACCACAACGUCAAGGUCACCCUCUUGUACGCGGUCUUCGCCCUCCGCGCACCAGCGAGUCCGUU